AACGUCAUGGGAGCCAUUCCUGAUGUUCACAAGCGAGACAAAGAUGCAAUUUACAGUCACCCACUCUUUCCUCUAUUGGCAUUGAUCUUUGAGAAAUGCGAACUAGCCACCUGCACUCCACGUGAACCAGGCUCCACCGGCGGCGACGUUUGCUCGUCCGAGUCUUUCAACGACGACGUGGCUGCAUUUGCCAAGGCCGCUCGUGACGAGAAACACUACUACGUUCCCAAUCCCGAGCUCGACAGUCUGAUGGUGCAAGCAAUUCAAGUUCUCAGGUUUCACCUCUUAGAGCUCGAAAAAGUUCACGAACUGUGCGACAACUUUUGUCAACGCUACAUCAGCUGUCUGAAGGGCAAAAUGCCCAUCGACCUCGUGAUCGAUGAUCGCGACACUAAACCCGACCUCGGCGACAACAACAACAGCUCCAGCAACGGAAGUGGUGGUCCCGGCGCCGGCAUGGGCGGUGCCAGCAAUGGAGGUCGUGGCGGAAGUGCCGACCCAGGCCACCACUCGGACAGCGCCUCUACACCCGACCAUCAG